UAUUUAAUUGAAUAGCAGCAACCCUGUAAUCCGCAUUAUAAAGAAAAGUGUAAAACUGCUGAGUUUUUAUUUCUGGUAAUUUCUACAUUCCUAAAAACAUUUACAAAAGUAAUUCCUCAACAGUUGCUCUCUUUGAACGUGAACACAUUGACUAAUCGCAAAAAAAAACAUAACAAUGGAUGGAUUGCAGCAACGACGUGAAAGGAAAUCAUCAAUGGUAACGCAACAAAUUUACGCUCCACUUUCACCAUGCCCCAUUCCAGACAUAAGCGACGAUGAGCUAGUUUCUAUAUCUGUGCGAGACCUCAAUCGCACUUUGAAGUCACGCGGCCUGAAUCGCGAAGAAGUUGUACGCAUGAAACAACGUCGUCGUACACUCAAAAAUCGUGGUUAUGCGGCUAGUUGUCGAAUUAAACGUAUCGAGCAAAAGGAUGUUUUAGAAACCGAGAAAUCACAUGAAUGGGUUGAGCUAGAAACUAUGAAUGAAGAUAAUGAACAAUGUCGAAGAGAUAUAGCCAACUGGAAAAACAAAUAUAAGGCUCUGCUGCAAUUUGCUGCACACAAUGGCAUAACAAUACCAUCUGAGUUGGAAGGUUGCUAAAUAAGUUUGCUAGCACAAAUUUGCAUAGAUUUAUUUUUAUUCCUUAUUUUAAGUAAGAUAAUUUCUACAGUUUUUAACAUAAUUUUUCAUUACAAUUUAAUACUGUAUGUAGGUCUAUAAUAAAUAAUAUUUAAAUUAAAUUUGGCAUAAUUGUAAA